CCUCUCCUUUCCUUUAUCUCAGCUUUUCUUUAUCUCUCCAUAUAUAUAUAGGAUCUUUGUGCCCCUUUGUCUAGUAAAACACCAUCACUGUUUAAAUCACACUAAACCACACAGUAGGGUCUCUCUCAGAGCCAAAAACCCAGAAAUAUUAAACCUAUCAUCGAAUUAUAUGAUGGCUAAAGAGGCUUCUACUUGCCUCUUUUCAUCCCUUUUGUUUCUUCUUGUUAUCUGCUGUUAUGCUGAAGUAGGGGAAGUUGCUGCUGAGGUUGAAAAAUCUUUAGAAAAUAGCAUUGGGAUUGCGAAUAAGGUAGCUGAAUUAUAUGUUGAAGCAUCAACAAUGGUGGAUUUUGUUUUUUCUCGUAGAAAACUCCUUAUCGUGAAAAGAACAUCACAGCAUGAUGUUAUCUUCCCUCCGAAUAAUCCCACACCGAAUAUUGUCACUGUGCCCGCCACGAACCCUGCGAACAUGUCGGCGCCGAUUCCGACUACCACGCCCGUCACGGUACCUUCUAUGGAUCCGAACAACCCGACUACGGUACCGAUAACCAAUCCGGUCUCGACACCUGCACCUGCCGCGGUGCCAGGUACCGGUGCUGGGACGCAGCAGCCGGUGACGAAUCCGGUAACGACGUAUCCCGCACCAACUGGAGGAGUCCCGGUGAGCACACCGGUGACGAAUCCUGUCACGACGUAUCCCGCCCCGACUGGAGGAGUCCCAGUGAGCACACCAGUGACGAAUCCUGUGCCUAAUCCUGUGCCCCCUACAACUAUUAAUGCUCCUGCAGUUCCAGGGCAGAGCUGGUGCAUAGCUCGGACCGGAGCUUCCGAGACUAUGCUUCAGUCAGCGUUGGAUUACGCUUGCGGAACCGGAGGAGCCGAUUGCUCGCAGAUCCAGCAAGGCGGUAACUGUUAUAAUCCGAAUUCAUUGCAAAACCAUGCAUCUUGUGCUUUCAACAGCUAUUACCAGAAAAACCCUGCGCCAACUAGCUGUGAUUUUGGUGGGACUGCAACCAUAGUGAACACCAAUCCAAGCACCGGAUCCUGCAUUUACCCGUCUUCGGGAUCGCAAUCGACUCCGACCGCAACACCAGCAACAUCAACAACAGGGGCAGGUGUACCAGGCUCGGUCACCCCACCUUCGGUACUAAAUUCAAGCACACCUGGCUCAAGCGCUGCUACCACAAGUGUCUUCGGGUCUGAUACACCUCCCGGCAUCAGCACAUCGACAUCCAUGUCGGUUGGUUUACAACCAACUUUUAGCAGAAUCAUUCUACUGACAAUGACAUCUUUUGUUGCUCGAUUAAUCUAGGAAUCAAGCACCUUGCUAUAGACCGGUCAGAUUAUCAUGCUUCAAUCUGGAGUUCCCAAAUGACUACUUCAUAGCAGCCUAGUCAUGUCGAUGACGUUCAUCGCCCCGAUAAGCCGCUCAAGAUGUAGAGAUGGUGUAUUCAUGAUGUUCCAAAAUGACUGCAUAGUAGCCAAGUAGUUUAAAGUUUCUUAUACAAGAAAUUUAAGUGUGAGAUUAGGCAUAGGUAAUCUUGUAUAUCUUUUAUCAGUUAGUGAAGUUCAUAGGUUUGAGAAGGACCCUUUUGUCAUUAGUUGUACCUACAAGCAUAGCUCCGUAACCAUCAUGCU